AUGACCAGUUUUCAAGCUCUGUUGGUAACUAAGGAGAGACGUGAAGUAUAUUUAUUUAAAAUCGAUUCAUCGGGAGGCGCUUACGAUAUUUCAUAUGACGCCUGGAACUUUUUAGUAACUGGCAAAUCAGCUUUGGAAGCGCCUUCUAUGGGAGGAGCAGUCUUGAUGACAUAUGAAGUGGUCGAUCCUUCCUAUUGUGUCCCUUUACUUCAAGAUGGGAGACUACCUUUAGCUGCAGCGAAUAGCAUGAACUACCUAGCCAAUUGUCUGCAAUCCCCAAACAGCUGGGUAGCUACGCACCAUGUUCUAUACAACAUUGAUAUUCUAUCUGGAACAAGCUAUGAGCUGGUGUUUAAUGCCGGGCAAUUAGCUUUCAGUGCCAUCAAGCGCCGUUUGAAAGAAGCCCGCCUUGAUCUUGGAUAUGAGACUAUUGGAGUUAUUGAAGCAUCUCCCUUUUUAGAACGGCAAUGUAUCAAGAUUUCCGUAAUCUUGUCAUAUCACUGGUCUAGCGAUGAAUCUACUAGCUCCAUUGAAUCCCCAAUAAUUCGACAUACUGAAAGCUUUGAGAUUCUCGCCAAUGCUGCUGAGACAAUCCUGGCAUCACUCCAUAACAACCAGCUAAUCACAUUCAGUUGGGACAUGGGAACUUGCAUCCCGGCGAGUGUGCUGGGACCUGAAGGCAUAAUCAACAAAUGCCAGAGCAAUCUCAGAAACUUAAAUCUAAUCACAGACUGGCAAUGCUAUCGUAGCGACCCUUUCUGGUUGACUUCGGGUUGCGAGCAAAGAUCAGAGUUAAGCCUGCAGGGGCUCAAGAGUCUCAGAAGGCUCUCCUGGAAAGCACCUCACGAAGAAGAUUUAUUCGCCUUGUCCUGCGUUGUAGACAUCAACAAGAAGCAUCUUGAGGCCCUGGAGCUAGACUUCAUUGAAUGGGAUACUUCUGCCGGACGUUCCUUCCGCUAUGGAAACGGGACGCCUGACGUCUGCCCCUUGCUCGGUGAUGUCCUCCAUCUGAGUCCGAUUGCUGGGGGCGCUAUUUUCCCAGAACUCCGGGAAUUGGGUUUAUCCGAAGCAGCUAUCGGACCGAAAUUGGCCCUGGCCAUCGAUUUCAGUGUGCUGAGAGUAUUGAAACUUCGGGGUUGCUACGGAUGGUGUGAAUUCUUGGAACAUCUUACAGCAUCGAGGGUGAAACUGGAGAUCACUACAUUCGAGCUAAUUGCAGCCGGAGAUAAAUCACCAGAGGUGGGAAUUCGAGAUGAUACGAUUGAAGAAUUUCUUGCAUCCUUUACAGGACUUCAAGAACUCUACUUGCUGGUGUCAGCGCCGUGGUUUCCUGGCGGCCAGUUCAGUAGUGCAAUUGCAAACCAUCGUGCAACCUUACGACAGUGCGUUCUGGAUGGACUAUGGGAAAACAUUCCUGAAGAACCCGAAAGGAGAGUGUUGGCUGCGCCAUUCGGGGAAGAAUUUCUGGGGAUACUGGAUCUGGAGGCUGUUGGACUGAUCAAUGACCCUCACACACUGGUACCUCGUGCAAGCGUGUCGGCGCAGUUUAUCGACAUAAUGCAGGCUACGCAUAAAGGAAUUGCAGCAAUACUCUGCAUAUUUGAUAAUAUUCAAGACAAGAUUCUCAUCCAAGAGUACCUAGAACUCAACCUCCUUCAACUUGGGCCUCUAAGUGAAACCGAACUUGCCAGUUCGAUCUCACAGGUCAUUGGCGCCUAUAGAUAUCUUUCUGGAGAGCGCUCAGGUUUACGAAUUGAGGAGACUCGUGUCUCUCUGACUGGAACGGUCAAAUUAGUAAUGGAUCUUGGUUACAGCUUCCCAUCAACGCACUGGCCAAGGCCCCGAGGUUUAGCUUUGGCAGCCAGGAAGGCAAGCGGAGUUAUGUUAGCAGAUACUACUGAAAAUAGAUCAAAACGAUAUGGAAGUGUCUAG